GUCAGUAAGGGGUCAGAGGGUAAAGGCUAUUCACCCAGCAUUCCCAGCUGCAGGAUACACAGCCAUCUUGGAUCUACGAGCAGAGGGGAAAUUAAUGCGGUGACGAACGGUAUGUUCGGUGCUACAAGAAAGAAGUUUGUAGAGGGGGUCGAAAGUGACUACCCUGAUGAGAGUAUGUACUAUGGCCAGCCGUCGAUGUUCCCUCAUCGAUCGGAGAAAGAUAUGCUGGCAUCUCCUUCGCCGUCAUCGUCAGGUCAAUUGUCGCAGCUUGGUGCAAGUUUGUAUGGUCCGCAAAGUGCACUAGGCUUCUCAAUAAGGAGCAUGAGCAACAACAACCCUCAGUUAAACCGCAGUUUAACGCAAGGUACUCAGUUACCGAGCCAUAGCACCCCAACAACGGGGGUCCCAACCAUGUCUCUCCAUACUCCGCCUUCGCCAAACAGGGGCAUUCUGCCUAUGAACUCCAGGAACAUGAUGAAUCACUCGCAAGUGGGCCAGGGGAUGAGUCUGAGUGCCAGGACCAACAGUAUGGGAGGCUCAGGCCUCGGAAGCCCCAACCGCAGCUCGCCCAGCAUUAUCUGCAUGCCAAAGCAGCAGCCAGCGCGUCAGCCCUUCACCAUCAACAGUAUGUCAGGGUUUGGAAUGGGUCGAAGUCAGGGGUUUGGUAUGAACUCUUUAUCGAACAACAUCUUUAAUGGAACAGAUGGGAGUGAAAAUGUGACAGGACUGGACCUCUCAGACUUUCCAGCAUUAGCAGACAGAAGUCGGAGGGAAGGAAAUGGAAACCCAACACCGUUGCAUAAUCCCUUGGCUGGAAGGGCUCCCUAUGUUGGGAUGGUCACAAAGCCGUCAACUGAACAGUCCCAAGAUUUCUCGAUUCACAAUGAGGAUUUUCCUGCACUGCCUGGGCCUAACUACAAGGACCCAACGUUGAGUGCGGAUGAAAGCAAAUCACAGAACUUGAACUCCUCAACCAAGAGCAGCUCCAGUGCAGAUGGCCCCAAGUUCCCAGGUGAUAAGACAUCAGCACAGAACAACAACCAGCAGAAAAAGGGGAUCCAGGUGUUGCCUGAUGGCAAAGUGACAAACAUUCCUUCUGGAAUGGUAACAGAUCAGUUUGGAAUGAUUGGGCUGCUAGCCUUCAUCCGAGCAGCUGAAACAGACCCUGGAAUGGUUCAUCUGGCGUUAGGAAGCGACCUGACCACACUGGGACUCAACCUCAACUCUCCAGAGAAUCUGUAUCCCAAGUUUGCAUCUCCUUGGGCCUCUGCACCAUGCCGACCACAGGAUAUUGAUUUCCAUGUUCCAUCUGAGUACUUAACCAACAUUCAUAUAAGGGACAAGCUUGCUGCAAUAAAACUAGCACGUUAUGGGGAGGACCUGCUGUUCUACCUCUACUACAUGAAUGGAGGAGAUCUCUUACAGCUUCUGGCUGCUGUGGAACUCUUUAACCGAGACUGGAGGUACCAUAAGGAGGAGAGGGUGUGGAUUACAAGAGCACCUGGCAUGGAGCCCACUCUGAAGACCAACACUUACGAGAGGGGGACAUACUACUUCUUUGAUUGUCUUAACUGGAGAAAGGUUGCUAAGGAGUUUCACCUUGAAUAUGACAAACUUGAGGAGCGACCUCACGUACCAACCACCUUCAACUACAACCCGGCGCAGCAGGCCUUCUGAACCGGACGUGCUCAGGCUCUCUGAGCUGCAGGAACAGACCUCAGCACUAGACUUGGCCAACCACAAUCUGCUUUUAUUCCUCACCUGUCUGGACAAGGACUGCAGGAGGAGGGCAGGGGGUCUCUACUUUAACCAGUGAGGAGAGACACCAUGCCUUACCAAUAAUGUGCUGCCCAAAAUGACCCCCCCCAAAAAACCCUUACACUGUUUUUAAAUAUUCUCAUACCCUCUUUCUUUUCCUCCUUUUUCAUUUUGAGCACCAGUCUGUAUUUUGUUUACGCCUCAGAUCAAAAGCCUGUUUGGUCUCUGGCAGGAGAACUGACUUGCAGUACGACAAAAGGCUACGUUUCGUUUUCCGAAACGUACCAUGUUAGUAAACAGGACAGACACAAAAAUCAAUCCAAUACAUGUGAAUACAAAAGGGCGGAAGAAAAAUGCAAUGUUCAUUGUUGCACUAUUUAGUAAUAAAAGAACACAAAAAUUGUUUUGUGCUUUUUUAUGUGGAAAAAUGCUCUUAUCCUGUUUUUGUCUGGAAGGAUACACAACCUACUAUUAACAUCAUGGAAUAUCUCUCUCUCUCUCUCGUCCUUUAGCCUUGUUCCCCCCCCCCUUCUCCAGAACAUUCCUUUGAGCUUUCAUCUUAACCGUGCAGUUGAUCGUACACCCGAUCAGGUUUUCUCUGCCUAACUCCAAUAAUUACAAAUCAGACUGUUUUAGUGACCAUUGUGGGAACAGUGUGUGGACCAUCCUCACCCAGGGGGUUAUGACUAAGCGACAUUGUUCCAGAUAAAACACUUCUCAGUCUUUGUUACAAUUUUGUAAUAAAUGUGUACAUUUUUUUUUUAUUUUUUGGACAUCACAUGAAUAAAGAUAUGUAUGUACGAAUGUGUAUAUAUAAUAUAUAUAGAUAGCUGUAUCUAUAUAUAUAUAUACAUGACGUCUAUUUUGGAAAAAGGUAAUUAUUCUUUGCUCAGCCUCAUUUUUAGGAGGUGAGCAGUGGUGGCAUUAUGUGUUAGAAACAAACAAACAAAAAAAUAGUGUUAAUAAUAUUGAGCUGCCAGACAGGGCUUCACACUUGUUACCCUGUGCACUUAAGACCAAGAUAAAUAUUGAAAAAUACGGAAGGCCAGAUUUUUUUUUUCGAACUAAGGAAAUCUAUAUCCCAAGCCCCUGAAAAAAGUGGAACCAUUUCACAUGCAGCUGUUUGAAUAGAAGAAUUUCAUAGGAAAAGUAAAAAUUGGUAAUACUGCUAACAAAAAAAAGGAAAAAAAAACCAGACCAGUCUUGUAUUUUCUGAAAACGUUGAACGCGUCUUUCUUUCCUUUGUAAUAAAGCAGAACGGCUUUCCUGAA